GUAAUUUCGCUCAUCUCUAAUUGCAGGUUUGCUCCGUGAUGCUCUUGAUGAAUGGGGCUUGACUGCUAAAGAUCCUGUUGUAGUCACAGAUAAUGCUGCCAACAUGGCUGUGGCUGCUAGACUUGCACAGGUUAGCCACAUUCAGUGUUUUGCUCACAGCCUAAACCUAGCCUCACAGAAAGCACUUAAACUACCAGCAGUGGCCAGACUGCUUGGCAGAAUUAGGCAUGUCACUGGCUUUUUUAGGCGCAAUGCAAUAGCUAGUCACCAGCUAAAUCUCAAACAGGACCAACUCGAGCUACCAAAGCACCGGCUGAUUACAGAUGUCGUUACACGCUGGAAUAGCUCCUAUGACAUGACUGAGAGGUUUUUAGAACAGUAAACAGCAAUAUGUGCAGCACUUCUUUCCAAUGAGGUCAGAAAAAAAUUAAAAGGAUAUCUUCACAUGUGCAGAAGAGGUCCUCAAAGCACUGAAGCCUAUGAAAGAUGCCACAUUAGUGAUGUCAGAGGAGAGCAUGCCAACACUGUCACUGAUUGCACCACUUCAUGCCAAGUUCAUCAUGGGCACUGAACGAAGUCCUGAUGAUUCAGAUACACUCAAGGAUAUUAAGGAAGCAAUAGCAGAAGAUCUAAAAAAAAAAAGAUAUGCAAAUGAAAAGGAGACCCUGUACAUGGCAUCAGCUGUUGACCCUCGGUUCAAGAAUCUACCCUUCCUCCCUGAUGAAGAGGCUGAUGACAUCUACGCACGACUGACUGAAGCUGUGGAGGUUGAGAUACAAAAGCUAACUACUGCUACUAUGCAGAAAGAAGAAGAGGGGGACAAAGAAGACAAUCAACCAACAUCCAGCCACCCAUGAAGAAACCAGAGCAUCAUGUGCAUUGGCUGAGCUGCUUGGACCAACUUUUGCCUUUGCCAAACACAAUCGAGCACAAAAAUCUGCACAUGAGGUUGCAGCAACUGAGAUCCAUGUAUCCUGUGGAUUACUUCGGAUUUGAUAGACUGAGUCGAUGAUCAGCUUUUUUUUUUUUUUAUGUUAAUAAAAUGGUUAACCAGG